UGAGGACUUUCGAGUUUCGGAUCCAAGCUAUCAGCAGAUGGCGGUAACGCACUAUUUAAAUGCAAUUCGCCAAUAAAACAGAAGAAGAAGACGCCGAUAACGUGGUCGAGUUGAAGUGCUUGCACACUUGACGUCACGGCUGCUGUGAAUGUGAUUUCACAGAGGGCGACUCUGUAUUUUCGACGAAGCGACUUCAAUACGACGACGGAAGCACGGAGUUUCUGCUAGUUAAAAGUUACAUUCUGUUAUUUUUCGGUCAGAUGCGGGACGACGCCCACCCGAAGCCGUUUGUUAGCUUUCAGAGCUAAGCCUUCGCCGAUUAACUAGACUUGGUUUGCUGUUUUACUUGCCUUAAAACACUGGGUAUGUCAAAACAACUCAGUUUUUCUGUAUUAAACGAUUAGAUGAUACUGUUACAUGCCAUUUAAUUAAACUGAAAUAGAACCAGUGUCGUUUUGUCGUAGGUUGGCAUUAUCAGAAAAACGAAAGACGCUGUUUGGCCUACGUUUGAAAUGAUUUGCUCUUCAAUUUAACCUUGAUAGUUGAUUUAAGAUGUGUUUUUUUUUGUGUUAUUUAUGAAAGGUGUAAUAAGUAAUUUUGUUUUGUUAUCCUUCUGAAUGUGAAUCCCGUGCCCUUGUUUGUCCUGGGACACGCCAUCACGAUAGGCCAGGAAUGCGGCGAGUCCAUUUUACUCUUUAGUUUGAAUUCGCCUAAUAUUUUAUUUGUCCUCACUUAAUUGACAGGAUAGUCUUUUAUUUAUUAUUUUUUUUUAUUUUCCCGUCGAUGUGCUUCAUUUAACCAUUUACAUUUACGGCUGCAUUUUGUGGCGUUAAUUUAUUUGACUUGUCGUGGAUGUAAUUCGUUCGGUCUUUGGCUACGGCCCUGCAACAUGACCGACAGAACAAGCACUCAAGGCACACUGGUAUUCAAAAACAUUCAGUGCUUUUUAUUUUUUGAAAAAGUAGUUUUAAGUGUAUGUGUCAGGAAAUUUAAAUCGACAACAAUAGCAAACAAACGAUUUUUAUGUGGACGUUUGUUUUUGUUGUGCAUAUGUUACUGGUUUAGGUGUGUUGUCUGCAACCUUUAAUAUUUAAUUUACAAUGAUUGAACGGCAUAUUUCAAACAUGAUGAUUUUAAGUGCUCAUCCUUUUCACAUCUGGAGGCCCUUGGAAAUUAUUAUUAUUAUUUUUUUUAUAAUAAGGUUGGAACCUUUAGGCAUUGCACUGCCACCGAGUGUUAGAUUUACAUUUUAGUUUAUUGAACCUUUAGUUACAAAGCUGAAAAGGCAACUAUAUGUUUUUUAAUUUGCAGUGUUUAUUUGUAAUUUCUUUCCCACGGAAGACAGGUGGGAGAAAGCUCAAAAUGGUGAGACCAAAUUCAGGAUCUCCUCAUUCCAAACACAGAUCUUUCUCAGACAGCUACAGCAGCAUGAAUCAUGAAGGGCGAUUUGGCCCCCCUUCAAGAAGCCAGAGAGGUUUUAGAGGACCUCAUGGAAAAGCCCCACCAAGUUGGAGAGACAACAGUGGUGGACCCCAGCCAUACCCCAAGAGGCCCCCACUCAUGGGUGAACGUAGAGAGCGCCAACAUGGACAAUGGAUGCCACAGAGCCAGGAUAAUUUCCGUUCGUAUCAAGGCUCGCAGGAUUCACAGCGGGGCCGCAGGAGGCCUUCUCCACCCCGUUCAAGCCGCCCUCACCCAGUCCAGCACAGGCAGUCCCCACGUGGUCCAAUACAUGGACAACCUAGCCACAGAGCACCAUUCUUUCAUGGAAAUCACAGUAGCCAUGCAUCUCCAUCACGACAUUUUCGUGGACCUCCAUCAGAAAGGAGGGUUCCAUCUCCCCACGGUUCCUUUAGGGGUCCCCAGCGACAUCCAAGCCCUUCUCAGGAGCAUGGUAGAAGCUGGUGCCCUGCACCUCGGGAAAGGCCCUUUGGGCGACCAGCACUUGGGAGGCAGCACUGGAAUGGCCCUGGAGGUUACCCUCACCCCCCCAGUGGGGAGUCUAGGUUCACUGGCCCGCCCCAGAGAAAACCCAGAGAGUUUCAAGGACGGAGUUCAUAUCCAGAGAGGUGGUCUGCAGAGAGAGAUCCACGCACACAGCAUGGAGAAGUUAGAAGGGAGUUUCGACGCCCCAGCCUGGAUUGGGCACAUGGAGGAAUGAGCAGUCCACAUUCUCGACCCCCUUACAGAUCACCUGCACGGAAACCAGGCCUGCCCUCAUCAGUCAGAGGGUAUCCACCUCUGCGACCCCAGGAAAGGCUCACUGGACCCCCAAUGAAGAGGAAACGUCAAGAGUUCAGACGGCCUCUGUUAUCUGGUGGUUUUGAGCAUGGACCACCAAAGAGCUUCCGCAGGGAGUUGUCAGUGAGACCUAUGCCUCUAAGGGGCUUCAGAGGUCGUGGUUUGUCCCUCGGUGAUAAGAGUCGACUGCUAAAGGCACGGAAGUUCAGGGCAGAGUCAGUGGCCAGGUUCAAACUGCCCCCACCAAGGCCAAGAAUCUCAGACAGAGUUCAGAAGCCUAAUCCUCUGAUGGCACCAAAGAAUAGCAAAGAUUCUACAGGAGUUCAGCCACGCAAGGUACCCCUAAAAAAAGGUGCGACGAUGCCAUCACCCAGAAAGUCGUCCCCCAACAUGACCUCCAAGACCGCUGAACCUGAGAGGGACAACCAAACAAAGGUGGAAUCUCGACGCUCUGUGAGCGCACACAGCUCUUCAGCAAUAGAUAGGCGACUUUCACGUGAUCUUGUUGUGGUUUCCCGUUGGGAGUCAGGUCACAAACUCAGUACUAUCCCCAAGAAAAGCACAACCUGGAGGAACAGGGCACCCAAGAACAAGACUGAAAGCUCUGAAUCUCAUGGAAAUUUAACACUAAAUGAGCGCUUCACCAAGCUACAAAGUCCUACUUGCUCUACACCGGAGCAGAAAGAAAGACGGCCUUCUGGAAGUCCAGAAAAAAACUUGAACAAACCUGGACCAUUUCAGAUGCCUAAUUUCUGCCCUACUGUUGGAUUGAAGAGAUCUGCCCCCGAUGGAAUUUCGAGGAAACCCUUGAUGGCCUCUAUAAUGCCAAGACCACCAUUCAAUCAGAAGCCUGUCUUCAAAAAGAGUCAAAGUAUCAUGUCCAAGUACAAGAACUUGCAGACGCUGCGGCAUAAAGCACCCCAUCAACGCCAAGCAACUAGCUAUCGCCGAUGGUGAACCAAAAUAGUCACCUGUGCUGUGGCAAGUUGUCCAAUGUAUGGCUCUGUAAGGAGCUUCACACCCCAUUCCAUUCUGCUGUAAGAUGGUUGUGAACUAAUCUCUGUAAAAACUGCAAAGACCCAAGUCUUUUUUUUUUUUUUUUUUUUUUUGUGAGCCCUAGAGAGAAAUUCUUUGGAGUAAAAUAAAAAGGGUUAGGAUUACUUUUUUUUUUUUUUUUUAAAUACCAUGUAUUAAGCUCUUGCAUUGUUAUGAUAUUUAGCUCUGGUUAAACUUCCACAUCUCUUUGUUAUACAUUUAGUGUCUGUUUUCUAAGAGUGACUUAAAAAAAAAAAAAAAAAUCAUGUUAAAUGAUGCCAUUAUAAUGCUUUGUAUGAUUAGUUAAUUUGAAUAGUGUUGAUUAGCUCAGUUUCAUGUGUUUAAAUAUUGAAAGGUUACCUGAAAUAUUUGUUUGUUGCGCUCCUAAAACAAUGUACAUUCUUUAAAGUUAGACACCUUGAAUAAAACGAAGUAUCAGAUGUGAAA